AUGUCAGAGCCAACAGAGACGAAACCAACCCAGGAGCAGAAGCCCGUGGCGCCCGUCGCGCCCGCCGCAGACGGUCAGGAGGAGCUCAACCCCGACGGUACACCCCUCUCUGACAACCAAAAGAAGAAGCGCGCAAAGCAGGCCGAGAAGGAGAGGCUCAAGGCCGAGAAGGCUGCGAAAGUACAGCAGCAGGAGGCUCAGCGCCAGGCAGACGAGGUUGACUUUGCCUCGCAAAAUUACGGCGAGCUUCCCCUCAACCAAUCUCAAGAGCGUCAUGGACGCACCUACGCCUCGCUCGAAGAUGUAAAGGCCGAGAAUGACGGCAAGGACAUCUUCUUCUCUGCGCGAAUCCAGACGAGCCGCACGCCCUCGGCCAAGUUUGUCUUCCUCACGUUGCGCCACGCCUUCUUCUGCGUUCAAGCGGUGCUGGCACAGGCGCCUGAGAAAGUGUCGAAGCAGAUGGUCAAGUGGGCUGCUACGCUUCCCUCAGAGAGCAUCGUACAGGUGCAAGGGACCAUCUCCAAGGUGUCCAAGCCCAUCGAGUCUUCCACCGUCACCAACAAGGACGCUGAGAUCAAGGUCUCGAAGAUCUUCCUCGUGUCCAAAGUGGCGCCCUCGGCCCCUCAGCCCUUCUACGUCGACGAUGCCACUCGCUCCGAGGCAGAGAUCGAAGCCUCCCAAUCAACGGACCGCCCUAUGCCUGGCAUUCCCAUGGACCUGCGCCUGGACAACCGCAUCCUCGACCUGCGCACCACGACGAACCAAGCAAUCUUCCGUGUCCAGCACGGCAUCUCCAAGCUGUUCCGCGAGUACCUCGAGCAGCGCGAGUUCGUCGAGAUUCACACCCCAAAACUGCAGGGUGCAGCGACCGAGAGCGGCGCGAGCGUGUUCAAAGUCUCGUACUUCAAGGGCAACGCCUUCCUUGCUCAGUCGCCGCAGCUGCACAAGCAAAUGGCCAUUGCAGCCGACUUUGGCAAGGUGUACGAGAUUGGGCCCGUCUUCCGUGCAGAGGACUCCAACACGCCGCGCCACAUGACCGAGUUCAUGGGCUUGGAUCUGGAGAUGGCCUUUGACGAGCACUACCAUGAGGUCCUCGAGCUGUUGGGCGACCUCUUCCUCUUCAUCUUCCGCGAACUCCCCAAGCGAUACAGCAAGGAGAUUGCGACGGUGCGCAAGCAGUUCCCCUCCGACGACUUUCUCGUACCGGACAAGCUGGUCCGCCUCGAGUUUCCUGAGGCGGUCAAGAUGCUGCGUGAGGCCGGACAGGAGUUGGGCGACUAUGACGACUUGAGCACGGAGCAGGAGAGAGUACUGGGCAAGAUCGUGAGGGAAAAGUACCAGAGUGACUUCUUUAUGUUGGACAAGUUCCCCAUGGCGGUCAGGCCCUUCUACACCAUGCCCGACCCCAAGGACGAGAACUACUCGAACAGCUACGACUUCUUCAUGAGGGGCCAGGAGAUCAUGUCGGGGGCGCAGCGAGUACACGAUGCGGAUCUGCUGGUCAAGCAGAUGGCCAAGGUCGGCAUCUCGGAAGAGUCGAUGCAGCACUACGUCGAAGGCUUCAGGAUGGGCUGCCCGCCUCACGCAGGAGGAGGCAUUGGACUGGAGAGGGUGCUCAUGUUCUUCCUGGGCAUCACCAACAUUCGCCGCACCAGCAUGUUCCCGCGUGACCCGAAGAGGUUGGCGCCGUGAGGGGGCGCGGACG